AUGGUAAAAUCAAAGAAAACUGAAAUCGUCACCCGAUAUCUUCGUAAUACUAAAACAACUAAUAAAAACAUAUCUCGGUACAGUUUCAAUAAGACACGUGUACAACUGCUCAAGAUGCUUAAGGACUUAGGCAUUAAAGUGCCUGCUUCAUUAUCACUCGAUAUUUUACGUGAACUUGUUGACCAGAAUGAUGUUAAUCUUCGCUCAUCAAACACCACUACUGAUGAUCAUGAAUUUACUAAUUGUCAAUUACCUGGUUCUUAUCCAUCAUUCGAUAUCGAAUCUAAUAAUGGUGAUUCAGUGGAACAAACUUCAGUUAAUGCUGCUGAGCGAAUCAAGACUUCUCCUCGUACGUAUACAUUAUUUAACUGUCCGAUAUUUGAUUGUAGUAAUUCUCCAUCAAUGGUGGAAUUUAUACCGCAAUCUCUUCGAAAAGCUAUUCAAGAAGGAAAAGAUGUGUGUUUGGCACAUUUAUUGAUACCUGAAGAACAUUCUGUCUCACAAUACCAAGACGGAAUAAAAGAUUCCACGUCGAUUUACCUUAAAUCUACCGAUCCACGUCUUCAUCGAUCGUUAUCUCUAUCUGAAUGUAUGUUAGCUUUUAUUCGUUACUUGAAUGUUAUGACUGAAGUACACCCUGAACGCCUAGUUGAACUCAAUAUUUAUUUAUCAUUUAUUGCUAAAAUGGGAGUUCAAUUUCCCCCUCCUUUAUUUUAUGAAUAUCACAAAAAUUUUAGUCGUAAAGCUGCUGCCAUUCUUUCAACUCAAGGUCGAAAGAUUAAUUGGAGUAUUCGAGACGACGAUCUUUAUUUUCAAAUUUUUGCUGGUCGUCGUGCUCGUUAG